UACACUGUCCCUCGCCUGGCCUUGGCGUCAUGUCCUCCUCCUGCCAGCCUCCGGACAUAGACUUACACACAUCACCAACCCAUCAGUGAGUGCUUGGCUUAGCGCGUCCUCGUCCGCGUCUUCUUCAUCUCUCGGCCGGUGCCAGAGCGUGGCACCGGCGACUCUCCAUCACAGCCCUCGUCCCCCGGUGGAAGCCUGGCAGCAAGAUUCCCGGCGACAUGUCACCACGGUACCCAUGUGCAGUCACCGUCCUCGUCGUUAUUCUCGCCCCGGCCUAGCCAGAUGUCGGCCUGUCAGAUAAUGAUUGACAAGCCCCGUCCACCCACUUUCCACUUUCAAUAUCCGGCUCAUCAACUACCUGAUACAUGAUGGGGCUCCAUGGAUUACAUACGUAAGUAUAGAGUGCGAGGUAGGAGGGCAAUCCAUCUCUAAUCAAUCUCGAUGCCGUAGAAGACCAGACCGCACACGUUCAACCCCAACGACCCCCGUUCAUUGCUGACGGAUGGAAGAGCCCACAUGGAAGCCAGAUAUGAGAUGAGAGUGGACAGCCAAACGAGCACCUCAUCAAACUCCCCCCCGUCGGCCAGCAAUUCGCUGAAUUUUUGCCAUGGGACCAAGGGCAGAGAGGAGAGGCUGUGGCCAGGGAAAUUUGCUGCACAGGACCGUUUUCGUUUCCUCGAAUAG